AUGGCGGACGAGACGAAGACGGGCAAGACGGAACGCCCGAAAACCCCGGGGUUGGAGGUGCCUCCGGGAGACCGCACGUCGGGAAGGACAUCGUCUCCUGCCCGGCUUCCAACGGAGCUCGCGCUCAAGGUGCAGACACAGAUGGGCCGGAUUGCUGCACUCAGGGAGUUCACAGAAUCCCUGCCGGAUGUCCCAGCGGAGACAUCGAACGAGGAGGUCUCGCAGAUCCAGCAGCUGAUCGAGGAGACGCACAAGGCGUUCGUGAAGGAGCACGCCUAUUUCGAGGUGUCAUGGCCUACUACGCUUACUCACCAUGAGUACUUCGCUGAGAACGCUCACCAGACUGAGUUGCGAUGCUACAUGCAGGCGCGACGGAUCAUUGGCGAGCUUCGCCACGCAUUGGCAGCUCAGCCCGCUCAACCGCAGACCAGCUCAUCGACCGGCGAGACAAGACAGACGCACUCACGCUUGCCGGACAUCUCACUCCCGAAGUUUAACGGGGAGUAUUCCGCGUGGCCUGCUUUCAGAGACCUGUUCACCAGCCUGAUCAUGCAGAACGAGCAACUCACGAACGUGGAGAGGCUCCAUUACCUCCGUUCGUCGGUGGAAGGCACGCCUGCUCAACUGAUCGCAGGAUUUACCAUGUCCGGAGACUCACUCACGCCGUCCUGGGAGUUACUCAAGGACAGGUACGAGACCAAGCGCCUGCUCAUCCAUGCCUGCCUGGAUAAAUUAUUCGCCAGCUCAACCCCGGUGCCAAGGAAGGCGGCGUCCUUGGAUCGACUGGUCUCGGGAGUCAAGGAGGCGCUCAAGGGACUGGAGGCCCUCGAGGUGACAGACAAGCUCGGAGACUGCGCUGUGGUGUACCACGUCACGCGCCUCCUGGAUCGCGCGACACGCGAGCAGUGGGAGAACUCUGUUGGCGCCACGCGCGACUAUCCCAAAUUCACGAAGCUCGAGGAGUUUCUUACGACUCGUAUGCGGGCGCUCGAGCGGAUAGAGAGUACGACGGCUCAACCUGGUUCCAGCUCAGCACCUCCACCAACGAAGAAGACGGCUGCUCAUCAGUCUGCUCAUCAGGUCGAUACAUCAUACCCGUGCGACUGCUGCAGAGCGCAGCAUUUCAUAGUGAUGUGUAUGUGCGCGCAUGUAAGUCUCAGCGAGGCUGUAAGACCUGCUCAGGGCGGCACCAUACCAUGCUGCACGGCACACAGACAACCGCAUCGUCAGCUCAAAAGGCCGGUGGUUCAUCGGGCACGCCCGCAAAUUGAAGAGUCGGUGCAGUCGUCGAGACCAACUCACACGUCCGCUCAUCCUGCUCGAUUCUACUCGCCACAGCCUUGGCACUGGCAAGGAGUGUACUCGAGGACACGAGGAGUCGUGUCACUCACGUUACGCUCGACACAUUCCAACGCAGCUGCCACAAUUCAAGCUCACGUCCUCCGGACAGUUACAUCAAUCUUACCAUCGUUCGAGGCGGAACCGGAAGAAUGGCCGCAUCUCAGGAACUUGGCAUUAGCCGAUCCUGAUUUUCUCAUCCCACGGCCAGUUGACAUCCUCAUCGGCGCACACGCUUACGGGCAAAUCAUCAAGCCCAAUAUCAUUCGGCAUUCUCCACUCAUGCCGAUAGCGCAACUCUCCAUUUUCGGAUGGCUCGUUCUUGGACCAGUCAAUAGGGAAGCAACACGCACAUCAACGCACCAUGCUUCUACUCAAGUCAACGAGGAUGCUCUCAACGAGUUACUGACAAGAUUUUGGGUUCAAGAGGAGGUGCCUACUCACGAUGUCAACCAACUCACUCCUGACGAGCAGAGGUGCGAAGAGCACUUCAAGGCCACACACUCUCGUGAUUCUUCAGGGAGGUACGUCGUCAGGAUUCCGCUCAAAUCACCAGUAUAUCUUCUGGGUGAUUCGUACCACGUCGCCCAUCAGUGCCUCAAGGGACUUCGCAGACGAUUCUCAAGGGAUGUGAACUAUCAACGUCUCUAUCAACAAUUUAUGAUGGAUUACGAGACGCUCAACCACAUGACGAAGGCAUUAUCCAUCUCCAGUCGUCGCUCACACUUCUACCUGCCACAUCACGGUGUUCUCAAGCCUGACAGCACAACAACAAAGCUGCGAGUCGUAUUUAAUGGCUCCAGCGCAUCCACAUCGGGCUACUCUGCUAACGACCUUAUGUAUACGGGAGCGAAGUUGCAUCUGAAUAUCUCAGAUGUUCUCCUCUGGAUACGAAGACACCGUCACAUUUUCGCUACGGAUAUCACCAAGAUGUACAGGCAGAUCAAAAUUCACAAGGAUGACUGGGAGUUGCAACGGAUACUCUGGAUGGACGAUCAACUCAAUGAGGUGCCCUACCAUCUGACAACCGUCACCUACGGGACAAAGGCCGCGCCGUUCUUGGCGGUCAGGACGCUGCUACAACUAGCAGAGGACGAAGGACAUAAAUAUCCACUGGCUGUGCCAUCCAUCACUCAUGGCAGGUAUGUCGAUGACAUAUUUGGUGGUGCAGAUACGAUUCAACAAUUGCAGGAGGUCGCACAUCAACUAAAGGGCCUCUGCAUGGCGGGCGGCUUCCCACUAGCAAAAUGGCAUGCAACUCAUCUCGACAUACUCAAGACUGUCACCGACAGCGAAGACCAAGGCUUACCAAUCACAUUCGACGAUUGCGCAACCAAGAUACUCGGACUCAAAUGGCUCCCUCAAGAAGAUACCUUUGCAUUCUCAACGCGAAGCUCACGCAAGGAAGGCAGGCUCACAAAACGCCUCGUAUUAUCUGAUGUGGCUCAGAUAUUCGAUCCACUUGGUUUUGCAUCACCCGUCGUGAUCAAGGCCAAAAUUCUCUUGCAGGAGCUGUGGCUGCACAAGCUCCAAUGGGAUGAUCCACUGCCAUCCCAGCUCUCAACCCGGUGGCUCUCCAUCAGAGAAGAACUCACAAGUCUGGCCAGACUCUCAAUACCUCGGUGGCUCAACACAUGGAGCGACUCGCAAGUGGAACUUCAUGGAUUCUCUGAUGCUUCUCAAUUGGCAAUGGCUGCAGUCAUAUACAUCUCCGUUCACGACUCAAACGGCGCCACGUUCUCACUUGUGUGCUCCAAGACUAAGGUGGCACCUCUCAAGCGGCUCUCAAUCCCGCGACUUGAACUCACGGCUGCUCUUCUGCUCUCUCGGCUCAUGCAAUACGUCACAGCCACGUUGAACAUGGACGUAACGGCAACUCAUAUGUGGACGGACUCUCUAGUGACACUCUCGUGGAUCAGAUCUCAUGCAUCACGCUGGAAGGAUUUUGUCAGGAACAGGGUGGUUCAAAUUCAAGAACUCACUCCAGCUGCUCACUGGAGAUACAUACCUGGAACUUCCAAUCCGGCUGAUUGCGCAUCACGAGGCCUCACGACUGCUCAGCUUCAGAACCACGCACUUUGGUGGACGGGACCACCAUGGAUACUCAAGCCAGACUCAUGGCCGUCGCAACCAGCACUCUCUGACGAGAUGAGUGCAACGGAAGCUCGCCCAGGCGUUGCGCUAUUGACGGUUACGCCAAGGACUGAAUAUCAAUGGGAACUCAUCUACAGGUACUCAAGCCUCACUAAACUAUUGAGGAUUACAGCUCUCUGUUUCAGAUUCGUUUCACGGUUGAGGAAAGUCCACGACUCAUUUCCUGUCAGACACAUCUCUCCAGAGACCUUGGAGAAAGCGAGGCUCUUCUGGAUUCAGGCAACUCAAGCAACGUACUUCUCGCACGAGCUCAAGGCAUUACAGGCAGACUCACCGUUGGCAAUGGCGCACGCAUUCAACAGAUUGACUGCGUACAUCGACGCUCAAGGAGUCAUUCGCGUCGGCGGACGACUCGCUCACGCAGCUCUCUCAUUCGACGCGAUACAUCCUGUUAUAUUGCCUCGCCACUCUCAGCUGUCGUCAUUGAUCAUCGCUCACGCUCAUCAACGGACUCUACAUGGAAGCACGCAGCUUACGCUGUCAUACAUCCGACAACAAUACUGGAUUCUCGGCGGGAGGGCUCCUGUCAAGUCUCACAUCCUGCGGUGUGUCACGUGUGCUCGGCAGAGGGGGAUCCGUGCUCAUCAAUUGAUGGGCCAACUACCUCUCUCUCGAGUUACGCAGGCACGACCAUUCACUCAUACAGGUGUGGACUACGCAGGGCCGCUCACCGUCAAAGCGUGGAAAGGAAGAGGUGCCAAAACAACUAAAGGCUGGAUUUGCGUUUUUGUCUGCUUCUCAACCUCAGCAGUACACCUUGAGGCGGUCAGUGACUACUCAACGGAGGGAUUCAUUGCCGCCUAUCGACGCUUCUCAUCCAGACGCGGCAUUGCUCACACCCUACACUCCGACUGCGGCACCAAUUUCGUCGGAGCGGAUGCAGCUCUCAAAAGGCUGUUCAUCCAGAGCACUCAAGAACAUCAGCAAGUCUCUCACCUGCUCUCGCAAGAUAACACCCGAUGGGAAUUUAAUCCCCCAGCGACACCUCACAUGGGAGGAAAAUGGGAGGCCGUCUUGAAAUCCAUCAAGUAUCACCUACGCCGGACCAUUGGAGAAAGCGUGCUCACCUUUGAGGAGCUCACCACAUUGCUCACUCAAAUUGAGGCAAUUCUCAAUUCGCGCCCUCUCGAACCAUUGAGUGACGACGCGGACGACAUCUCAGCACUCACGCCAGGCCACUUCCUCGUAGGAAGUCCGCUCACCGCCAUACCAGAGCCCUCACUCACCGACCUGGCAAUCUCAAGACUCUCUCGAUGGCAGCUCAUCCAGCAGAAGGCACAACAUUUUUGGGCACACUGGGCAGCGCAUUACCUACAACGACAACAAGCCAUCUCCAAGUGGCACCACAGGAACAACGAAAUCAAGGUCGGGUCAUUGGUGCUCAUCACCGACGAGCGGCUACCGCCAUGUAAAUGGCCGCUAGCCCGGAUCACGGCUCUACAUCCUGGGAAGGAUGGUCUCGUCCGGGUGGUGACUCUGAAGACAGCCACUACCACUCUCAUCCGACCAGUGGUCAAGCUCGCCGUCCUGCCAAUCUCAUCAUAA